AUGAAUUCCGGAGACUCCGGUAAGCGGCCCCCAGCCGCUAGAAGGCCUCCUUCUAUGGAGGAGCUUAGGGCUCGUUCUCGAGAAUAUUACCUGGAAAAAAGAGAAUCUCAGAAGCUUCAGCUCUUGCAGGCAUCAAUAGCCGAUGAGGAGGCUCUAUUCGAUAUCGAUCAACUUACCGACGAAGAAAAGGCGCAGUUUUUGUUGAAAAAGAAAGUAGCAACAUUGGCUUCCGAGAAAAUCAUUCUAGAAGAAAAAGAGAGAGUUCACCAAUAUUCCAUGCCCGAAAGUAAGCUUGCAGAUUUGCUUAUUUUAGACUAUGUUGACGAAAAGGCUAGGAAGGAAAGGGAGCGAGCAGAAAAGGAGGCCUUUUCCAGAUAUGAAGAUCGAGAAUCUAAAAGGAAAAAAGUCGAGCUUCCUUCAAAGGUUGAAAACGAGGAGCAAAAGUGGGAGGCCCAUCAGAGCGCCAAAGCUGGCGCCGUUGCCCAAGAAGAGCUUACCGAAUUUGAGUAUCUUUUUGAUGCUGAGGAGCAUAUCAAGUUCAUAUUGAAAUCGGUUUCUUCUCUAAAGCAAGACGAAAGCUACGAUGGCGCGCAUCGGAAGGUUGAGCACAAAGAGCCGAGCGAAAGUCAAAAUGGAAAUGUGCUUCCAAUUGAAGUCUACAAAGACGAAUUUAUUGAUGCCAUGAAAAAUCACCAAAUCCUAAUCGUGGUGGGAGAAACGGGUUCCGGAAAAACAACACAAAUUCCGCAAUAUAUUUUGAAAGCCGGAAGUGCACUAUUUGGUCUAGAAGGGCAAGAUGGCCAAAAAGCCUUCCGAAUUGGGAUUACACAGCCUCGUCGUGUUGCCGCCAUGUCUGUUGCAGCGCGAGUAGCCUUUGAAAUGGGUGUGAAGCUGGGGAGGGAAGUGGGAUAUUCCAUUCGGUUUGAAGAUUGCACUUCUGAGCGCACAAUUGUCAAGUACAUGACUGACGGCAUGCUGUUGAGAGAGUUUCUGAUGGAGCCCGAUCUUGCUUCCUAUGCAGUAAUCAUGAUCGAUGAGGCCCAUGAACGUAGUCUACACACGGAUGUGCUAUUUGGACUGAUCAAGGAUGUGGCGCGGUUCAGACCCGACCUAAAGGUACUGAUCUCCUCUGCAACAUUGGACGCGGAAAAAUUUUCGCGCUUCUUUGACGAUGCGCCUAUAUUCAACAUUCCUGGGCGAAGAUACCCGGUUGAGAUUUUCUACUGUCAAUCUCCAGAGGCUGAUUAUCUUUCUGCAUCUAUCACGACCAUCAUGCAGCUACACAUUUCCCAGCCACUUGGGGGCGAUAUUUUGGCCUUUUUCACGGGUCAAGAGGAAAUUGAAAUUGUGAUGGAGUCCCUGCAGCACAUUAUCAAGAGCCUUGGAAAGCGGAUUCCCGAAUUGAUUGUCGCCCCAAUUUAUGCGGCUUUACCCUCAGAGAUGCAGGCAAACAUAUUUUUAAAGACGCCCCCAGGCGCCCGCAAGGUCGUGCUGGCCACCAAUAUCGCGGAAACAUCGAUCACCAUUGACGGGAUUGUAUAUGUCAUUGAUCCAGGUCUUGUCAAGCAAAAAGAGUUCAAUCCGCGCACUGGAAUCGAGUCUUUGUUGGCUGUUCCUUGUUCCAAGGCCUCGGUUAACCAACGCGCUGGAAGAGCUGGGCGGGUUGGUCCGGGAAAGUGCUUUCGUUUAUACACCCAUUGGACAUACGAGAAUGAGCUGGAAGAGACCACGACUCCAGAAAUUCAAAGAGAAAACCUUGCAAGCACAGUGCUAAUGCUCAAGGUAACAAAUUGCGGUUCCCGACACGCUAACUUUCAGAGCUUGGGCAUUGAUGACCUGAUUAAUUUUGACUUUCUUGAUCCACCGCCUCCAGAAUCGCUUUUGCGAGCCUUGGAAAUGCUGUAUGCUCUCGGGGCACUUUCAAAAGAAGGUACCUUAACUCGCCUUGGACGCCAAAUGGCGGAGUUUCCGCUUGAUCCCAUGCUUUCGCGUACUCUGAUUGCAGGAAAUGAGCUUGGCGUUGGCGAAGAGGUUCUGUCAAUCGUGGCCAUGCUCUCAGUUCAAGCGGGGCUCUUUUAUAAGCCUUCUCGUGAGCGGCGAUCGAUGGCCGAUGAAGCGAGAAAAGCUUUUAUUCGUACCGGGGGUGACCAUCUCUCGUUACUUGCGGUGUGGGAGGGCUGGAUGGAGGCCGGGUUUUCCACAGCCUGGUGUUAUGAUAAUUUCAUCCAAUCGAAAUCGAUGAGAAGGGCCAGAGAUAUCCGUGACCAACUUGUAGCAUUGAUGGAGAGAGUUAAUUUGGGAGGUGAUCUAGAAUCGAACCCCAACGACACGGUUUCCAUUCGCAAGGCAUUCGUUGCCGGAUAUUUUUACCAUGCCGCCAGGAUCAAUCGAAACGAGGAUGGAUACAAGGCCAUUAAGUCAAAUCAAAGCAUCUUUAUUCAUCCUUCCAGCAGCCUUUUUCCAAAGCGGGAAACAAAGAAAAAAGAAUCAAGGGAAGACCAAUUUCGUGGCGGUAAUGGCCCUUCCCCGCCUCCAAAGUGGGUUUUAUAUCACGAGCUGACUCUGACUUCCAAGGAAUACAUGCGACAAAUCAUCGAAAUACAGCCAACAUGGCUGUGCGAGGCUGCACCCCAUUUUUAUACAGAAAAGGAAUUGGAAAUUGACAAAAGUCGACCUCAACGCUCGCGGGGUCAUUAA